GUUAGUGUGUAAAUUACUCCGGAGUCUCUAAAGGGACAGUGCCCUCGUUGAAACUUCAAAAGUCGAAUCAGCCUCGCCGCUACUGAUUUCAUCCGGGUAGGAAUGUAAAUUGUUAUGUAGAGUUUGGUAAAUAUUUGGAAGUAAAAAGAGAACUAAACGUGCAUUUUUCAUGACAGCGUCACAAUCUCUCCUUCCUACCUUGAACCCUUCCUAAGGUAAGUUCGCUUUCUUUGACUGCAGUCCAUCUUGUUGUUUUUCUCCUUUACAUUGCCUUUGUUGUGUCAGUUUUAGGCUGAUAUAGUCAAAGUUAAUACAUCAGAGAAAACGAAUCAUAUUUAUGCAACAUUCAUACUCAUAGUCAAUCCUAAGCAUAUUCCUAGGUAGAAUUCACUUCACACUUGAACUUUCUUUCUUAACUAUUCUUCUUCCUGAGCUACAAAGCUAGAUGUGAAAAGUACGUCUUUGUGUACCUUACCAGAUACACCAGUAGCCUGAAGAUAUUGUUCUGCAUAUUCAAGCAGGCAUUGUGAAACCUGUUGCCUAGACACUUUUGUUUUUAGUCUGUUUGUGGUUUGACCUGUUACUCUUGCGCUGGUGUCUCAUAUGUACAGUUGAAGUCGGAAGUUUACAUACACUUAGGUUGGAGUCAUUAAAACUUGUUUUUCAACCACUCCACAAAUGUAUUGUUAACAAACUAUAGUUUUGUCAAGUCGGUUAGGACAUCUACUUUGUGCAUGACACAAGUAAUGUUUCCAACAAUUGUUUACAGACAGAUUAUUUCACUUAUAAUUCACUGUAUUACAAUUUCAGUGGGUCAGAAGUUUACAUACACUAAGUUGACUGUGCCUUUAAACAGCUUGGAAAUUCCAGAAAAUGAUGUCAUGGCUUUAGAAGCUUCUGAUAGGCUAAUUGUGUCAUGUGAAUUUCUAUCUCUAAUUAUAAUUAAAAAAAAAAAAAUGCCAUUUAGCAGACGCUUUUAUCCAAAGCGACUUACAGUCGUGUGUGCAUACAUUUUUGUGUAUGGGUGGUCCCGGGGAUCGAACCCACUACCUUGGCGUUACAAGCGCCGUGCUCUACCAGCUGAGCUACAGAGGACCACAAUUCACCCUAAGCUUGAAUCAUUACCAGAGGUUGUAAGGCUCUGGGUUUAAUCAUCAAUGAUUCAAGGUCCACAACUCACAAGUCUUAUCUGUAUUUUUAUUCAUGGCGAGAGCUCUCCUGCAAAUGACACAAACAGACGAUUUUAUACCUCCUGGACUUGACUCCUCCCACCUUUAGGUGACUUUUCUAAACAGUUUCCGCCUUCCCCCUUGAAUGGUUAGUACCGCCCCCUCUGUUAGUGGGUUGACACUACAUGAUAAUUCUAAUAUUUAUACUGUGUUUGGGGUGAAACCCUUUAGUAAUUAUUCUUAAAAUCCAAAUUAAUCUAACAAAUUGACAUCAUUUGAGUCAAUUGGAGGUGUACCUGUGGAUGUAUUUCAAGGCCUACCUUCAAACUCAGUGCCUCUUUGCUUGACAUCAUGGGAAAAUCAAAAGAAAUCAGCCAAGACCUCAGAUAAUUGUAGACCUCCACAAGUCUGGUUCAUCCUUGGGAGCAAUUUCCAAACGCCUGAAGGUACCACAUUCAUCUGUACAAACAAUAGUACGCAACUAUAAACACCAUGGGACCACGCAGCCGUCAUACCGCUCAGGAAGGAGACGCGUUCUGUCUCCUAGAGAUGAACGUACUUUGGUGCAAAAAGUGCAAAUCAAUCCCAGAACAACAGCAAAGGACCUUGUGAAGAUGCUGGAGGAAACAGGUACAAAAGUAUCUAUAUCCACAGUAAAACGAGUCCUAUAUCGACAUAACCUGAAAGGCCGCUCAGCAAGGAAGAUGCCACUGCUCCAAAACCGCCAUAGAAAAGUCAGACUACGGUUUGCAACUGCACAUGGGGACAAAGAUUGUCCUUUUUGAGAAAUGUCCUCUGGUCUGAUGAAACAAAAAUAGAACUGUUUGGCCAUAAUGACCAUCAUUAUGCAAGCCGAAGAACACCAUCCCAACCGUGAAGCACGGGGGUGGAAGCAUCAUGCUGUGGCGGUGCUUUGCUGCAGGAGGGACUGGUGCACUUCACAAAAUAAAUGGCAUCAUGAGGAAGGAAAAUUAUGUGCAUAUAUUGAAGCAACAUCUCAAGACAUCAGUCAGGAAGUUAAAGCUUGGUCGCAAAUGGGUCUUCCAAAUGGACAAUGACCCCAAGCAUACUUCCAAAGUUGUGGCAAAAUGGCUUAAGGACAACAAAGUCAAGGUAUUGGAGUGGCCAUCAUAAAGCCCUGACCUCAAUCCUAUAGACAUUUUGUGGGCAGAACUGAAAAAGCGUGUGCGAGCAAGGAGGCCUACAAACCUGACUCAGUUAUACCAGCUCUGUCAGGAGGAAUGGGCCAAAAUUCACCCAACGUAUUGUGGGAAGCUUGUGGAAGGCUACCUGAGACGUUUGACCCAAGUUAAACAAUUUAAAGGCAAUGCUACCAAAUACUAAUUGAGUGUAUGUAAUCUUCUGACCCACUGGGAAUGUGAUGAAAGAAAUAAAAGCUGAAAUAAAUCAUUUUCUCCACUAUUAUUCUGACAUUUCACAUUCUUAAAAUAAAGUGGUGAUCCUAACUGACCUAAGACAGGUAAUUUUUACUAGGAUUAAAUGUCAGGAAUUGUGAAACUGAGUUUAAAUGUAUUUAGCUAAGGUGUAUGUAAACUUCCGACUUCAACUGUACCUCAGUAAUAUUUUUAAUGACAGGUUUGUGAAAUCCUUUGGUGUUCCAGGAAUAAUCAGUGAUGUUACCCUCUCUGCAGAGUGCAUCUCCAAGGUAAUCGCCUCACAGGCUCGCACGACACUUUGCUUACUGUAGCAAAAUGGCCUCUAUUAAUUACAGUGCAAACAAAGGCUUUGAAUAGUUAUGUGUGGCAGUUACUUGGUUGAUGAUGAAGAUCACAAAACUCUCUGCCUUCCAAAAGUGGAACAUUUUUGUUCAGUAUAUUUAACCCCUUUUAUUAUGGCAAGCCUAAAUCAUAAGUAUUGACUCAAUCAAUUUAAUCCAAACAUUUAACUUAGGGUCGGCUCUGUAUUAAUGUGGGAACACAGACCUGUGAACCACUUCGGCCCCUCAUGAUGAGUUCAGAUCUUUUGUGGCCCCCACCCAAAUCAAAGUGUCUCAUCCCUGUUCUAGAUUAUUCACUGUUGGGUGACUUGUCUCUUCACUCUCUGUAGACUCCCUCCCCUGCUGGACAGCCACAGUCAGCAGUGUGAAGAGAAUGACGAGACAAUGAGUGACAUAUCCAUAUCUAGUGCCCUACACUUAACACCCCAUAGUCAACUCAAUUACCCAGAAGUCCUCAGCCAGAGCAGGAUGGCCAAUAGAGAGCCACACGGCAGCCAAGAAGAAGCACCAUCAAGCUCCAGCCCAAACUGGCCACCCCAGGGAUUAUGUACUGGCUACAGCCCCCAGACACCCUACCCCGGACAGGAAGAGAUGUGUCUGAGUGCCCUGGACCACCAGAGGUACGCCUGGCUGAAAUCCAGCUUUGCCAACAGCAGCGACGGAAGCACUGGAGGGACAUACCCAGACAGCCUGCCAUCCUACCCAUACCCGCACUGUGCAGACUUUGCCAGUUGCCCAGUAGAGGAUGGCUAUCAUCGCCAGGGUAAAUCCCACCACCCACUCCCUGGGCGAUACAGCCCAAGCAUCAGUAGCCUGGAGCAGCCAUACUCUCUGCUCUCCUGCCCACCAGAGGCUGUCCUCCGCUACCCUUUCCUUCCCCCGUACCCCUACCCUACCCAGGGCCCGGUCUGCUGUGCACAGUGCCCUGCACAGGGGCUCGGAAUGGGCCCUGUCCUACAGCUCGUUCCAAGGCCAAGGUACCGUCCACCCUACUAUGGUGAGUUCCUGUUCCAGUCAUGUAGGUGUAUAUAUAUGUAUUAACCAGGUGAGAGGCACUGACUAUGACCAAGGCAAGUUGGCACAGUAUGUGUGUACCUUGUGAAUCCCUCAAGGGGAGUUACACAUGCACUUAUACACUGAGCGGACAAAACAUUAAGAUCACCUUCCUAAUAUUGAGUUGCACCCCCCUUUCGCCCUCAGAACAGCCUCAAUUCGUCGGACUCUGCAAGGUGUCGAAAAAGCAUUCCACAGGGAUGCUGGCCCAUGUUGACUCCAAUGCGUCCCACAAUUGUGUCAAGUUGGCUGGAUGUCCUUUGGGUGGUGGACCAUUCUUGAUACACACAGGAAACUGUUGAGCGUGAAAAACCCCAGCAGCAUUGCAGUUCUUGACACACUCAAACCAAUGUGCCUGGCACCUACUACCAUACCCCGUUCAAAGGCACUUUUGUCUUUUGUCUCAAUUGUCUCUAGGCUUAAAAAUCCUUUAACCUGUCUCCUCCCCUUCAUCUACACUGAUUGAAGUGGAUUUAACAAGUGACAUCAAUAAGGGAUCAUAGCUUUCACCUGGAUUCACCUGGUCCGUCUAUGACAUGGAAAGAGCAGGUGUUCUUAAUGUUUUGUACGGUCAGUGUAUGUCACACACAUCCCAGGCCAUAUGUGGCCUAUUCCUAGGCCUAUUCCUCAGAGGCACUUACAUUUUGUAUGUACUUUGUCAUCCCACACCCUAAAGAGUGUUAAAUCAUCCACAGUGCAGCAACAUAUUCUGUUUAUAAACAGGUUUCCAUCUAACCUUUUUUAUGCAAGUAAAGUGUCAGAAGAAACAUGUGACGACAGGUCUGAUGGAAACAGCAAAUUUGACAGUAAACUUUCCAAAUGUCAACAAAACAAAAUACGCUAGACAAGGUGGGAUCUUUUUGAGUCAGUUAAACGUUUUUUUGUGAGAAAUGGGGAUGGAGAUGCCUUAUGCGCAAAUAUUGAUAUAAUGGCCAUCAUAUCGAAGUAAACUUGGAGUCACGCGUUGACAUGUCGCUACAGAUUAAAUAAGUUAUGAUGAACUUCACAGGGUGGUGAAAGUUCAAGGUGAUGAGCUUGAUGCUCCUUUCCAUUAAAUAUUUUUCUGGUGACAUGAUCAUUGAUGCUUGGCUGCCGUUUGACAAAUAACAAUCUCGCUCUUUUGUCCAUAAAAAUCUCAUCAUGUAGGCUAUCCUGCACUGUAUCUGCAAGUUAUUGGCAUUAGCGCCAAAACCAGAGUGCGCACAUUCGAUAUAUAACGCAAUUUUUUUGUGACAAAACCAUCAGUAGAGUUGAAAAUGCGAUGGAAACCCAUUUCACUUGUAUUUUUUAUUUGGUACAUGGGAAUUUAACUGCAACGGUUAUUUUUAUGUGCACUACAUCAUCACGCACAGCCUUUUAUCCGCAACAAGUCAAUUUGAUGGAAACACAUCUCUGGUGGGAAAAUGCUGUUAUUGCUUUUAUAUAGAUUUGAGAAUAUUCCCAUGAAAUCUGUCUUCAAUUGGAUGGAAACCUAGCUAGUGACAAUCAAAAUUAUACUCUUUCUGUAUUUAUGUUAAUAUACAGUACCAGUCAAAAGUUUGGACACACCUACUCAUUCAAGGGUUUUUCUUUAUUUUUACUAUUUUCUACAUUGUAGAAUAAUAGUGAUGACCUCAACUAUGAAAUAACACAUAUGGAAUCAUGUAGUAACCAAAAAAGUGUUAAACAAAUCAAAUAUAUCCUAUAUUUGAGAUUCUUCAAAGUAGCCACCCUUUGCCUUGAUGACAGCUUUGCACACUCUUGGCAUUCUCUCAAUCAGCUUCACCUGGAAUGCUUUUCCAACAGUCUUGAAGGAGUUCCCACAUAUGCUGAGCACUUGUUGGCUGCUUUUCCUUCACUCUGCAGUCCAACUCAUCCCAAACCAUCUCAGUGUCUGAGCUCCUCUGUUUUUCACGGAAGAGGGUUCCGCGUCCUGUUGAACGAAGGAGACCUUGGUUUGUUGUUUUGAAAAGUUUUGUGUUUUGAAAGUGUAUUGGAAAGUUUCUUAGUAGCUAGCUAACUUUUUAGUUUGGAUCUAGCCUAGCUGCUAGGUAGCUGCCUAUCAAGCUAGCAGGGAUUCUUGAAGGCUUGAACGCAGCUGUUUGUGUGCACAGGUGCUAAAGACAGACAAAAGCAAUCGCACAUGGAAAUAGUCCAACGAUGGCAGCUAGUACUCCGGGGACGGCGAACGCCUUUGCCUGCCCGAACCAGGAGGAGGAGCAGUCUCGGCCGAAACCGUGACAAGCUGUUUGUUGUGUUCAAUCUUCCCUGUGACCUGCCCUGUCUGGAAUUGCGAGGAGUAACAGCGUAACCUACGUUGCUAGCUACCAUGACAAAGACCAAAGCCGGCGGGAGUACUGUUGAGGACAGUGGUGUCUAUCACAGGUGAAGGAUCUUUUAAACGAACAAAAAUAGUUCUACAAGCAGUUGUUACAACAAGAAGAAAAUAGCUUCAAGUGUUGUGUCCAAAUACUGGUGGAUUCAACUAAUAAAAUAAUGGACGACCUGACCAGAGAGGUCCAGGACCUGAAGAACAGUUUGCAGUUCUCCCAGGGUCAGCUCGAUGAGGUGAAACAGAAGAAGUCAUUGAGAGAGGACAUCAGUUCUCUGUGUGAAUCCAUGAUAACAAUGACGGUUGUCCCUCAACAUGGUUGUGGACGGAAUUGCAGAAUCCCCAUAUGAGACCUGGACGGAGUCUGAGGACAAAGUGAGGGAAAUGAUCUCUGAGAAAUUGAAGAUGGACCACCGGAAGAUUGAGGUGGAGCGCGCCCACAGGACUGGAAAACCCACCACCGGCCCAUGUGACAGGCCCAGGCUGAUAGUGGUCAAGUUCCUGAGGUUCAAGGACAAGGUAGCUGUUCUGGAAAGAGCCAAGAACUGUAAUCGGAGGGCUGAUAUAAAUACUAUGCAUGCCAGUCUCUCUUGGAAACAUGUUGAAUAUACCAAAUUGUUUGCAUAGUCAACUUACACACAGCUCUGACACACAAACUUACACCACCAGAUAUUUCACAGUCCCCAAAUCCAGAACAAUUCAAGAAAGCGUACGAUAUUAUAUAGACAUUAUUGCAUGGAACUCUGUUCCAUCUCAUAUUGCUCAAAUGAACAGAAAACCUGGUUUCAAAAAAACAGAUAAAGCAACACCUCACGGCACAACACCUCUCCCCUAUUUGACCUAGAUAGUUUGUGUAUGUAUUUUUAUUGAUGUAGUUCUGUACUUGUCUAUUAAUGUUCUGUGUUAUGUCAUGUUUCAUGUUUUGUGUGGACCCCAGGAAGAGUAGCUGCUGCUUUUGCAACAGCUAAUGGGGAUCCUAAUAAAAUAAAAAAAAAUAAAAAAAUUGGGUUGAAGUCGGGGGAAUGUGGAGGCCAGGUCAUCUGAUGCAGCACUCCAUCACUCUCCUUCUUGGUCAAAAAGCCCUUACACAGCCUGGAGGUGUGUUGGGUCAUUGUCCUGUUGAAAAACAAAUGAUAGUCCCACUAAGCGCAAACCAGAUGGGAUGGCGUAUCGCUGCAGAAUGCUGUGGUAGCCAUGCUGGUUAAGUGUGCCUUGAAUUCUAAAUAAAUCACAGACAAGUGUCACCAACAAAGCACCAUCACACCACCUCCUCCAUGCUUAACAGUGGGAACCACACAUGCGGAGAUCAUCCGUUCACCUACUCUGCGUCUCACAAAGACACGGCGGUUGGAACCAAAAAUCUCAAAUUUGGACUCAUCAGACCAAAGGACAGAUUUCCACUGGUCUAAUGUCCAUUGCAAGUCGUUUCUUGGCCCAAGCAAGUCUCUUCUUCUUAUUGGUGUCCUUUAGUAGUGGUUUCUUUGCAGCAAUUCGACCAUGAAGGCCUGAUUCACACAGUCCCCUCUGAACAGUUGAUGUUGAGAUGUGUCUGUUUCUUGAACUCUGUGAAGCAUUUAUUUGGGCUGCAAUUUCUGAGGCUGAUAACACUAAUGAACUUAUCCUCUGCAGCAGAGGUAACUCUGGGUCUUCCACUCCUGUGUCAGUCUUCACGAGAGCCAGUUUCAUCAUAGCGCUUGAUGGUUUUUGCGACUGCACUUGAAGAAACUUUCAAAGUUCUUGAAAUGUUCCAUAUUGACAUGUCUUAAAGGAAUGAUGGACUGUCGUUUCUCUUUGCUUAUUUGAGCUGUUCUUGCCAUAAUACAGACUUGGUCUUUUACCAAAUAGGGCUAUCUUCUGUAUACCCCCUCCUACCUUGUCACAACACAACUGAUUGGCUCAAACGCAUUAAGAAGGAAGGAAAUUCCACAAAUGAACACACCUGUUAAUUUAAAUGCAUUCCAGGUGACUACCUCAUGAAGCUGGUUGAGAGAAUGCCAAGAGUGUGCAAAGCUGUCAUCAAGGCAACGGGUGGCUAUUUGAAGAGUCUCAAAUAUAAAAUAUAUUUAAAUUUGUUUAACAUGUUUUUGGUUACCACAUGAUUCCAUAUGUGUUAUUUCAUAGUUUUGAUUUCUUCACUAUUAUUCUACAAUGUAGAAAAUAGUAAAAAUAAAGAGAAACCCUGGAAUGAGUAGGUGUUCUAAAACUUUUGACUGGUACUGUAUGUAUGUGUCUGUCUGUCUGUCAUAUCAGGUCCAGACCACUGCAGACAUCAAGAUGCAGCUGCCACCACUCAAAGGUGAGUUGUCUAACUAACCUAUGAAAAAUGUAUGCACUCACUAACUGUAAGUCGCUCUGGAUAAGAGCGUCUGCUAAAUGACUAAAUUGUAACCCACCUUCAUCUCUGAUGUUACAACUUCCGCUCAAUGUUUUACUUCCCUGAUUUUACAUUUUAAAAACUGUCUAAUAGUGUAAACGAUGGCAUCUGUGACAAUAUCAAGCCCAUUUGAAGAGGAUGAUAUGAGGAAUGCAUACCGUAAAUUAUUUUGACAGAGAAUAGUUCUGACAAGCUAAUUAUGCCAAUUACAUGCGACAUACUCUUUUUUUCCAUUGGAACAGGCAUGUGCUAAUAAUAAUGUGUUUUCGGUUCCGGACUCUGCAUGCCACUGAAGUCGUGCUCAAACAGUACAGGCCAUAACACAGCAUUAGCUAUAAGGUGGACACCAGAGGAGGCUGGUGGGAGGAGCUGUAGGAGGACAUGCUCAUUGUAAUGAAUGGAAUGGAAUUAAUGGAGCGGUAUCAAACACAUCAAACAUAUGGAAACCACACAUUUGAUUCCAUUCCAUUUAAUUCCAUUCCAUCCAUUACAAUGAGACCGUUCUCCUAUAUCUCCUCUCACCAGCCUCCACUGGUGGACACACAUCAUAGGUAAUGGGUUAGUACAGACCAAUAGACAAGGGUUCUAAGCUACCAAACAGACAGUGGGAACUCAAACAUCUAAAAGGCCAAUAACUGCCUGCACAAUUUCCCCUUGAGGGAUAAAUAAAGUAUUUUGAAUUGAAUUACACUUAGUGUGCUAGCUGUACAUUGUAAGUUAAGUUCUUGACUGGCACCAUGAUUUGUCUCUCCCAUCACAGUGAGAGCUUUGUCCCCCAACACAGACAGAGUGACAGACCUGGGAGUAGUACACAGCUGUCAUUGGAGCAAAGUAAGUGCUGUUUUUAUUUAACUUUUUUAUUUAACUAGGCAAGUCAAUUAAGAACAAAUUCUUAUUUACAAUGACUGCCUACACCGGCCAAACCUGGACGACGCUGGGCCAAUUGUGCACCGCCCUAUGGGACUCCCAAUCACGGCCGGUUGUGAUACAGCCUGGAAUCUGUAGUGACGCCUCAAGCACUGAGAUGCAGUGCCUUAGACCGCUGCGCCACUCGGGAUCCCAGAGUAUGGUAGUUGGAUCAGAGUAAGUGCUGUACAGAGUAUGGUAGUUGGAGGUAGACCAAAACUGCCAAUAGUAUCAACAUGGAAUCUGUUGUAUUUUUCUACUAACACUGACUUUGCAGACAGUUGCUUUAUUAACAUUGACAUUUUAGUCAUUUAGCAGACGCUCUUAUCCAGAGCGACUUACAGUUAGUGAGUGCAUACAUUUUCAUACUGGCUCCCCGUGGGAAACGAACCCACAACCCUGGCGUUGCAAGCGCCAUGCUCUACCAACUGAGCUACAAGGGGACAUUAUGGAAAAGUUUUACUUAAUAUGAUUGUGAUAUGUGGUUGUCUCACCUAGCUAUCUUAAGAUGAAUGAACUAACUGUGAUAUCUGGUUGUCUCACCUACAGUGAGGGAAAAAAGUAUUUGAUCCCCUGCUGAUGUUGUACGUUUGCCCACUGACAAAGACAUGAUCAGUCUAUAAUUUUAAUGGUAGGUUUAUUUGAACAGUGAGAGACAGAACAACAACAAAAAAAUCCAGUAAAACGCAUGUAAAAAAAUAUAUAUAUAUUGAUUUGCAUUUUAAUGAGGGGAAAUAAGUAUUUGACCCCUCUGCAAAACAUGACUUAGUACUUGGUGGCAAAACCCUUGUUGGCAAUCACAGAGGUCAGUCGUUUCUUGUAGUUGGCCACCAGGUUUGCACACAUCUCAGGAGGGAUUUUGUCCCACUCCUCUUUGCAGAUCUUCUCCAAGUCAUUAAGGUUUUGGGGCUGACGUUUGGCAACUCGAACCUUCAGCUCCCUCCACAGAUUUUCUAUGGGAUUAAGGUCUGGAGAAUGGCUAGGCCACUCCAGGACCUUAAUGUGCUUCUUCUUGAGCCACUCCUUUGUUGCCUUGGCCGUGUGUUUUGGGUCAUUGUCAUGCUAGAAUACCCAUCCACGACCCAUUUUCAAUGCCCUGGCUGAGGGAAGGAGGUUCUCACCCAAGAUUUGGCCCCGUUCAUCGUCCCUUUGAUGCGGUGAAGUUGUCCUGUCCCCUUAGCAGAAAAACACCCCCAAAGCAUAAUGUUUCCACCUCCAUGUUUGACGGUGGGGAUGGUGUUCUUGGGGUCAUAGGCAGCAUUCCUCCUCCUCCAAACACGGCGAGUUGAGUUGAUGCCAAAGAGCUCAAUUUUGGUCUCAUCUGACCACAACACUUUCACCCAGUUCUCCUCUGAAUCAUUCAGAUGUUCAUUGGCAAACUUCAGACGGCCCUGUAUAUGUGCUUUCUUGAGCAGGGGGACCUUGCCGGCGCUGCAGGAUUUCAGUCCUUCACGGCAUAGUGUGUUACCAAUUGUUUUCUUGGUGACUAUGGUCCCAGCUGCCUUGAGAUCAUUGACAAGAUCCUCCCGUGUAGUUUUGGGCUGAUUCCUCACCGUUCUCAUGAUCAUUGCAACUCCACGAGGUGAGAUCUUGCAUGGAGCCCCAGGCCGAGGGAGAUUGACAGUUAUUUUGUGUUUCUUCCAUUUGCGAAUAAUCGCACCAACUGUUGUCACCUUCUCACCAAGCUGCUUGGCGAUGGUCUUGUAGCCCAUUCCAGCCUUGUGUAGGUCUACAAUCUUGUCCCUGACAUCCUUGGAGAGCUCUUUGGUCUUGGCCAUGGUGGAGAGUUUGGAAUCUGAUUGAUUGAUUGGUUCUAUGGACAGGUGUCUUUUAUACAGGUAACAAGCUGAAAUUAGGAGCACUCCCUUUAAGAGUGUGCUCCUAAUCUCAGCUCGUUACCUGUAUAAAAGACACCUGGGAGCCAGAAAUGUUUUUUGAUGAGAGGGGGGCAAAUACUUAUUUCCCUCAUUAAAAUGCAAUUCAUUUUAACAUUUUUGACAUGUGUUUUUUCUGGAUUUCUUUGUUGUUAUUCUGUCUCUCACUGUUCAAAAAACCUACCAUUUAAUUAUAGACUGAUCAUUUCUUUGUCAGUGGGCAAACGUACAAAAUCAGCAGGGGAUCAAAUACUUUUUUCCCUCACUGUAGCUAUCUUAAGACGAAUGAACUACCGUAUUUUCCGCACUUUAAGGCGCACCGGAGUAUAAGCCGCAGCAGCUAAAUUGAAUGAUAUUGAAUGAUGUGUACUAUAUAAGCCGCACUGGACUAUAAGCCGCAGGUGUUUUAAUGUUUAAUUACCAUAUGUAAGGGUUCGUGCACAGAGGGGAUUGUCGGGAAAGAGACAAACUGUCUCGCUCUCUGUAAUGUCUGUCUGUCUUGCUCUCGUUCUGUCUCUCGUUCUGUCUCUCGUACCACUCUCGGUUCCACUUUUACUUUUGCGCGCUACCUGUCUCACUCUUUUCCGGCCUCCAGCUUUUCCUGCUGGAGCCCGCCGCUUAAAGGUGGGGGGCGCGGAAUCGGUCAUAGAGCCCAUAGAGUUAAGUUGGUGGACUGUAACCUGUAAAAUCCAUAGAUUUAGGAGGUAUUCUAGUGGCCGUUAGCUGUAAAAAUCCAUAGAUUAGCCGCACCGUUAUAUAAGCCGCAGGGUCGAAAAAUGGGGAAAAAGGUGCGUCUUAUAGUCCGAAAAUUACGGUAACUGUGAUAUGUGGUUGUCUCACCUAGCUAUCUUAAGAUGAAUGUGACUAAGUCACUGUGGAUAAGAGCAUCUGCUAAAUUACAAAAAUGUAAAAUGUUUGUGAUAUUAUACAAAUAGGAGUGAUUACUCACUUGUUUCCAUUGGUCCAUGCUGUGUGCUAUUUAACAGCAGACAGUGCUAUUGAGUAACAUAUUAUUUGUUUCUUUUAGGAAAGGUCUUUGUCACCUAUGAGAGAGACAGCGACAACCAUUUUAAAGAGACCAUGAACUUUGUUUCCCUGCUGCGACACAACGGCUUUGACACCAGUGUAAGUUUCCUUUUAUAUCCUCAUUUCCUUUUUAAGAGUUCAGAAUUAAAGAAUUUCGCUUGACUUUUACUGAUGUCAAGUAGUAUAUUAGUGAUGUUUUUCUUCCUGUAUGUUUUCAGGUGGAUGUAUUUGAGCAACAGCUCAGAAGCAUCAGCGCCAUUGACUUCAUGGAAAAAUACAUCAACGAGGUAAAAUGGCUGAUUCAACCUCGGACAACUUUGACAAGAUGGUAGAAAUGCUUCUUAACCUUUUUUUAUCAACGCUAUGUUACGUCACAAAUGAAGUCAAGUUAGCAUGUGUCAACAUGAAGUGGCCUGGGCUGAGGCUUUCUAUCUCCAUCUUCUCAGAAAUAUUACCUUAUCAUCAUUGUUAUCAGUCCCAAGUAUCAUGAGACCGUAACGGGGGCUAAUAUCUACAUGGAGAAAGACGAGAGGAUGUUACACACAGUCUAUAUCCAUAAGCAGGUGAGCUUAUGGCACUCCAUAUAGAAACCUAAUAAUCUAUCAAAAAUAAUGUUUUCAUCUAUUUAAUGCUUCACUUCUAGAAAGUGAUAUGAAACUGUGACUAUGUUACAGCUGCAGAAUGAGUUCAUUCAGAAUGGAUGCCAGAACUUCAGAUUCAUUCCCAUACUGUUUCCAGGAGCUAAAAGGGUAUGGGAUUUAUGUGGCACGUUUUUUUAAAUGAAGAAGAAAAAAAAUGUAGGAAAAAGUAGUUAAUAUAUGUUUUUUUAAGCACUAAAACACUUCACUAGGAAACUGAAAGAGAAUAGCUUUUAUUUACUGAAUUUCUAGCAGCCCUCUAGCCCGUUUAUACCUUGCGCUAACACCACUUUAGGUUGGUGGCACCUUAAUUGGGGAGGACGGGCUCAUAGUAAUGGCUGGAAUGGAAUAAAUGGUAUCAAACACAUGGUUUCCAUGUGUGUUUGAUACUAUUCCAUUCACUCCAUUCCAGCCAUUUUUAUGAGCCGUCCUCCCCUCAGCAGAACGAUUGUGCCCACGUUUUCAGAUGUGGUAUUAAACUGUGUCUGCAUUGUGACCAGAUUUUCUGGUCCCUCCCUGUAUGCAAAGUAUAUGACAGAUAUUCUUUCAAAUGAAUAUGUAUUUAUUUUAAGACACCUAUUGAUGCCACAAGUCAAUGGUGUCACCUGUCAAUGGUUUUAGAGGGCGGGAAAUAAUGAUUGAAAUGGUUUCACUGUCCAGCUCCGUUUACACUUGUACGAUAUCCAGACACAAUGCGUGCCUGACUACCUCCAGAGGUGGGCAGGAAGAUCACAAUCAGAUCACAAUGCUUCUUUUAAUCGUCUACACCUAUCUAAAAAUGUGGGCACAAUCAGAAUGUGGACAUGAUCAGGACAAAGGCUGCAUGUUAGAACCAGGUAUAAACAGGGCUUCUGUCUCUGUCUCAGUGCCAUGUUCCUGCCUGGCUCCAGAACACUCUAGUCUACACCUGGCCAAAGGACAGAGACGACAUCCUACGUCGACUGAUGAGGGUGGAGAAGUACAACCCUCCACCUGUUGGGGAGCUACCCACCAUCGUCUCCAUCCCCCUC